AUGUCGAUGAUUCUGAUGGAAGACGAGAUUGCGAAACUCGAGGAAGCAUUUAAUGAGCACGACACGGACGCAGAUGGCGUAAUCACUGUAACCGAAGUAGAAUCAGUUUUGAAAACCCUUGGUCAUACUUUGUCUGAGUCAGAGGUGAGCGACAUGGUUGUCGAAUACGAUCCACACGACACAGGCACAAUCAAUUUACCAGACUUCAUCGAUAUGAUGUCCCUCUAUACAAAGUACCUGGUUGACGACACCUUCAAAGAAGGUUUCCAAUUGUUCGAUUUGGAUGGCGAUGGUUUUAUCUCCCAGGACGAGGUACGCAGAAUCCGUGAUCACCUCGGCGAAACCACAUCGGAUGCGGAAAUAGAAGAGAUGUUUGACGAGGCAGAUACUAAUAAGGAUGGCCUCAUCAGUUACAUUGAAUUUGUGAGAAUGAUGUUAAAAUAA